UUGCUCAAUAAUAACUUAUAGUUCACUAAAAUAAAAAGUUAAAAAGUAACAUCCUUUUUCGGGGAAUUUGUUAGGUUUGAUUGGUUCGGAUUGGCUAAAUGAACUACAAACCUACGAAUCAUAAAAAUAAAAACUGAUCAGGUGAGAAGUGAGGUUAAAAUCACUUCUGUAAACAUAUAUUUCUUAUAUAUUAAUACACUAUUUAUAAAUUGUUAAUUUUGAAUGUGAUCUAAAAUUUUGUUUGUUUGUAUCCUUUACGAUGCGGAUACCAAAAGACUUUGCGGAACUGGUUCGUUUCGCCCAGAAGCAAAGGUACAAAAACCAUGCACAUUCUGUUAUCAAUAUUGGAUAAUUAAUCAUAAUAAUUGCAACGUUCUUGUUAAUAUAGAAGGUGAAAAGUGAAAAUGUAUUGUUUACGAAUAUUAUCAUUGCAAAAUAAAAAGAAUUUUUUGCGGUAUGGUGUAAUAAACUUGAGCCGCAAAAAUAAGGUUAGAAAUAUCAAGUUAGAUUUUGUUCAAGUUCCCUUAAUAGGUAAAUGUGCUUUUACCCACACCGAUACCAAAUCGUUUAAUACCGAAGAUAAUAAGCGAAAAUAUGCGGUUGCUACAAAGUUGGUUGAUCUUGCUCCAAAUUCUGUGAAGCCCUAUUUAAAACUGAUACGACUAGAUAAACCAAUAGGUUCAUGGCUACUAUUUUGGCCUUGUGGAUGGAGUAUUGCCUCAGCAGCGGACGCAGGAUGUCUUCCCGACCCCUUUCUAUUAUUUCUUUUUGGUACAGGAGCUCUUGUAAUGAGAGGUGCCGGCUGUACCAUAAAUGAUAUGUGGGAUCGCGAUAUAGAUGCCAAAGUGGUUAGAACAGUAGACAGGCCUUUAGUUAAGGGUGAUAUUUCUAUGAAACAGGCAUGGAAGUUUUUAGCUGGACAAUUAAGUGUAGGUUUACUAGUGCUAUUACAAUUGAAUUGGUAUAGUGUUAUACUAGGGGCCAGUUCAUUAUUUUUAGUAGUUACUUACCCUUUAAUGAAAAGGAUCACCUAUUGGCCACAGUUAGUGCUUGGGUUUACGUUUAAUUGGGGUGCACUCUUGGGUUACAGUGCUGUGAAGGGCUAUGUAGAUGUUCCUAUAUGUCUCCCACUUUAUAUAGCUGGCAUAUGUUGGACCAUUGUGUAUGAUACAAUAUAUGCACAUCAAGACAGAAAUGACGAUCUAAUGUUGGGCAUUAAGUCAACAGCCAUUCGAUUUGAUAGAAAUACAAAAUUAUGGUUGAGUGGUUUUUCUAGUGUUAUGAUAACAAGUUUGAUAACAUCAGGACUGAUGAAUGAUCAGAGUUGGCCUUACUAUGUAGCUGUUAGUGCUGUAGCUGCUCAUCUUGUUUCUCAAAUUAGCUGCUUGGACAUAGAUAAUCCACAGGAUUGUGCUAAAAAAUUCUUUUCGAAUGCACAAGUGGGAUUUAUAUUAUUUUCUGGUAUUGUAUUAGGGACGUUAUUAAAGAAAAAUGUGAAAAAUAAGAACAAAUUUUUAGCGACCGCUCAUUUAAAUGUAUAGUACUCCAAAUGUGAUUAGUAUUAUUUUUAAUAGUGUAUUAAGUACAUGUUGUUGCCAUUUGCCAAAGGAAACCUACUUAUAGUAUAAUGUUAACUUAUGAAAAAUAAAAGUAAAUAUAUUUAA